AUGCAAUCUUCGCCCCAUGCUCGUGCGUCCCCGUCUGUUUCGGGCUCGACGCGUAGCUCUUUGAACGACUUGUUCAUUCCCCCCUCGCCUGUGCCCGACCGGUCCCGGAGGAGCGCCGGCCUGGCGUCCCAGGAUGCUGGUUCCGUUCGCACCUUCCUCGCGGCCCGCGGCGUCGUGCCAGACAGGAGGAUUAUCCUGGAUCAUGCUCAUCGCACAAUGGGCCCAAUGCCGUCAAACGGUCAGAGGCCCUGCCCCAUCAUCGCCAAAUUCCAGUCCGGUGACACUGAAGCUAAGGACAGUGGCAGUGACUCUGAGGACAGCAGCACAGAGGCUAAGGAACCACAACUUGAGGACAUGGAAAGUCUGGGUCAAUCCUCAGGCUGUCCCAUCGUGGAGCUGUCGCAGAACUCUGAGGACUUCAAAGUGGACGAGGAGGUGUUUGAGGAUAUUGUUUCCAGUCCUUCAGUUGGGGUGCUGACUAUCAAACAUGAUGGAGAACCUGUGUCCGUGGUGCCUUCUCCAGACUCUGCGUCCACUGAGAGUUCAUCAGACACUAUACCCGUGAUACUCCUGCCGGGAAACGGCAGAGACUCGACUCAGACUCUUUCCCCCAACUAG